GCUCGGCGCCGGGCUUUGGCGCCGCGGACUCCCCGAAGCAGCAGCCGCACGGCGUCGCGCACGCCUGGGCGGGGCGGACCGCGCUUCCUCCGAGCGGCGGCGGCUGCGACGCCCCUGCAGGGUCCAAGAUGGAUCUCCCGGCGCUGCUGGCCACCCCGACCCCGCGCGGGGCCCAACAUGGCGGCGGCCCCGGCCGGCUCCGCCGAGGCCCAGGCCCGACCCCCGGCCCGGGCCCCGCGCGCCGCCGCCUGCUGCUGCUGCGGGGCUCCGAAGAUGGCGGGGCGGCGCCGCGGCGAGGGGAGGCCGGAGCGGCGGCAGCGGCAGGUCCCGGGCCGAGCCCGCCGCCCCUCGACGACGACGACGACGACGACGACGACGACGGCUCUUUCGUGGUGCUUCUGGAGGUGCCGCGCGGCGCCGCGACCGAGGCCUCCGGGCGGCGGGAGGCUGAGCCCGGCGCCGACGCGGGUCCUGCCGGCCGGCCCCUGCAGGGCUCCCGCGGCGCCGCCCCCGGCCCCGGCGCGGCCCCCGGGGACACCGUGGCCGUCGGCGGCCAGGACUUGAUGGUGCGCCUGGACCGCGGCGUCCUCACGCUGGCCUCGCAGUCGCCGCCGCCGCCCCCCGGCCCGCCGCCGCCGCCGCCGCCGCCCCAGGGGGGUCCGCCGGCCCCGGGCCCACCGCCCGCGCAGCCGCGGGAGGAGGCCGCGAGCCCGGCCGAGGGCCGCCGCGGGGCCCCGGGGCCGGGCGCGCUGGGCUACCGCUGCCCCGAGCCGCAGUGCUCGCUCGCCUUCGCCAAGAAGCACCAGCUGAAAGUGCACCUGCUGACGCACGGCGGCAGCCAGGGCCGGCGGCCCUUCAAGUGCCCGCUGGACGGCUGCGGCUGGGCCUUCACCACCUCCUACAAGCUCAAGCGGCACCUGCAGUCGCACGACAAGCUGCGGCCCUUCGGCUGCCCGGCGCCCGGCUGCGGCAAGAGCUUCACCACCGUGUACAACCUCAAGGCGCACAUGAAGGGCCACGAGCAGGAGAGCUCGUUCCGCUGCGACGUGUGCGAGGACCGCUUCCCCACGCAGGCCAAGCUCAGCGCGCACCAGCGCAGCCACUUCGAGCCCGAGCGGCCCUACAAGUGUGACUUUCCCGGCUGUGAGAAGACCUUCAUCACGGUGAGUGCUCUGUUUUCCCACAACCGAGCCCACUUCAGAGAGCAGGAGCUCUUUUCCUGCUCCUUUCCUGGUUGCAGCAAACAGUAUGACAAAGCCUGUCGCCUGAAAAUUCACCUGAGAAGUCAUACAGGUGAAAGACCUUUUAUUUGUGACUCUGACAGUUGUGGCUGGACCUUUACCAGCAUGUCUAAACUCCUGAGGCACAAAAGGAAACACGAUGACGAUCGGAGGUUUAUCUGCCCCGUCGAAGGCUGUGGGAAGUCAUUCACGAGAGCAGAGCAUCUAAAAGGCCACAGCAUCACCCACCUGGGCACAAAGCCGUUUGAGUGCCCUGUGGAAGGGUGCUGUGCCAGGUUCUCCGCUCGUAGCAGUCUCUACAUUCACUCCAAGAAACACCUGCAAGACGUGGUUGCUCCAAAAAGCCGUUGCCCCGUGUCCAGCUGUAAUAGACUCUUUACCUCCAAGCACAGUAUGAAAGCACAUGUGGUCAGGCAGCACAGCCGGCACCCAGAUCACUUUCCUCAGCUAGGAGCUCCGAGUUCUCUUCCACUCAGCAGUGAACUAAGCAGCCCAGGCCAAAAUGAGCUCAACAACAUUGACCUGGCCGCACUCUUCUCUGAUGCACCUGCUGAUGGGAGUGGUGCAGCGGGGGCCUCGGACGAGGCGCUGACCUCUGGAAUCCUGACUAUAGAUGUGACUUCUGUGAGCUCCUCUCUCAGAGGGAACCUCCCUAAUAAUAGUUCCUUAGGGCCCAUGGACCCACUGGUCUUGGUGGCCCACAAUGACAUUCCUCCAAGCCUGGACAGCCCUCUUGUUCUUGGGACAGCAGCCACUGUUCUUCAGCAAAGCAACUUCAAUAUGGAUGACGUGCAGACUGUAAGUGCAGGAGCAUUAGGCUGUCUGGUAGCUCUGCCUGUGAAGAACUUGAGUCAGGACCCACAGGCGUUGACCUCCGGCAGCAGUUUACCAGCGAACACCACCACACUGACCUCUCCAAGCACCCCACCAGGAAACACCAGUGUCCCCGAACUGCUGACUUCAAUCAAAGUGGAACCAGACUCGCCUCCUGGCCCUGGUGCUGUCAGGCAGCAAGAACGAAACAGAGAGGUAUCUUGGCCUGUGUUUUCCGGCCUUCGAGAAAGGCACAGUCCUCAGAAAGACUCGGGCCUCAGUGCAGGGACUGGCAGCUUCUCUUUGCUGUGUGACGGGCUGCCUCGAUUCUCUGAGCACAGAUGGUGUGUGGUGAAUGGGUUACAGGAAAGUGGGGGCUCAGCAAGAACUGAUUCCAGAGCCAUUCAACUAGCCAAGAAAAAAAAGCAGAAAGGAACUGGGAGCAAUGCAGGGACACUGAAUAAAAAUAGCUACCUAUUAAUCAUACUAUCAUUGCUUCAUUAAAAAUUAACACGAUUUUCUUAUCAUAAAUAUGUAGCAAGUAUUCAACUUUUGUCUCAAAUCCCAUAAAUGUUUUUAUAACUUUGAAUCAGAAUCUAAGUAAGGCUCAUAUGUUAUUAUGGAUUGACAUGUUUCUUAAGUUUCUUUUACAUCUAUAGGUUUCUUCUUUUCUCUCUCUCCUGUGUAUUUGUUGAAGAAUCUGGCCAGUGUGGAGUUUGCUGAUUGUAUUUAGUGUAGUGUAGUCUUUUAUGUUUCCUAUAAAUUAGUAAUUACAUCAAUAGGCUUGAUCUGGUUGAAGUUUGAUUCUUAGGGUAGGCUGGGGGUUAGCAGAACUCUUUUAGUGGGGCCUGUUCCAGGGGCCUUGGCCUCAGGUGGUCUGUCCUGUGUCGUUAGCAGCUGUUGAUGGUCAGUGACUGGAUCUAUUAGAGAUUGCAGAAAGAUGAUAUUCUGUCUUUCCUUUCUCAUUUCUAGUUAGAAUACUUCUGUAAAGAGCAACUUCUCAUCAGUUUUUUUUUUUUUUUAAUCCUGAUAUAGUUCAUACAGGAAAGUCAGGAUAAAUGUCUAAAUCUUUCUGUUUGUCAGUUUUCAAAAUAAUGAGCUGGUUUCUUAUCAUCUUAUAAUAGUAGUCAAAGUGCUUUAAACACUCUAUAGACUUUUAUGGGAAAUAGAAAUCUGGAACCUGCCAAGUAUUUAGCCUUCAUAUGUGAAGAUAGUAGAAGAAUUUUCUUUAAGUUCAAAGGCUCACAUUUUGCUACCUACAUACUGUCGUUGCAAAGCACUCUUCUGAAAGAGAAAUGUAAAUAUAGGCCCACAUUCCCUUUUCCAAAACCCUUGGGACUGUGUUUCUCUCUUCUGACAUUUUAUUUUGAUAGAAUUUUAGUUUGCAGAAAAUGCUUCCCUCUUGGCACUAUUAUGUAUUGUACCUAUUUGUGUCCUCCAUUUGUGGUACUGUUUACCCAGCAUCCCCUCAUAUUAGCUUCUUCCAUAGUGACAGCACAUUUACCUAACUCUGAUCAUAGACUGCAGGCUUUAUUUGGAUUUGCCCAGUUUCCCACCAGUGUCUCUUCUGUUCCAGGAUCUCGUUUGUGAUCCCACGUUGCAUUUGGUUGUCACAGUGCCAUAGUUCCUAUCUGUGUUUGUUCCUCAGCCCUUCUUUGACUUUCAUGGUGCCUGUGAAGAGUGUUUGUCCCUUAGUCUGAAAUGUCCCACCAUUGGGUCUGUCUAAUGUUUUUUCUUGAUUUGACUAAAAUUAUGGAACCUUUGGAACAAAAAAAUGAGUUGUUCUUAUUGCAUCAUAUCGAGGUACAUGUAAUUACAUAUUGUUACAGGUUGUGAUAACCUUUGUCACUGGAUUAAGGUAUUGUUGCCAGAUUUUCCCAUUAUGAAAUUAUUAUUUUUCCUUUGUAAUUAAUAAAUAUUUAUUUUGAGGUAGACAUUUUGAGAUGGUGUGCAAAUCUCAAGGGUCUGUAAGAUCACCCUCACUUCGUAUACCCAACUGCAAGUUUGAUGGUCUCCAAUACCACUUUAGGUUCAGUUAUUUUCUAAGAGGACUCAGAACUCACGGUUAUGGUUUAUUGCAGUGAAAGGAUACAGAAUAAAGUCAGCCAAGGGAAUAGAGCAGGAUGCAGGGGAUUUUCUAUAGUGAAGCUUCCAGUUAGCCUUUCCCUGGAGUUGUGGACAGUGCUGCUUCUCCCACUGUGUGACAACACACGGUAUUGCCAAGCAGGUGAACUCAGGACAGUUCACCUGAGUCGUACUCUCCAGCCAUUCAUCAGGGCCCCAAGGCCUCCACCUUAAGUCAUAUUGUUAGACUAUCUGGAGUGGCCAGGGCCCCAGGUAAACUUACUUUCCAGGCAGGACAUUCAAGGGCCUUGAGAUUCAUUCCUGGAAUCUUGAAUAACGACCAUAUUUCAUUUUGGGCAAGGUUAAUCCAUUCCCCUACACUGUGCAGAUAACUUUUUUCUCUUUCAGGCUCUUAAUAAUUCAGCACUCAAGGGUGGACUUGCCUUGUCUUAUUACUCUGGUGUUCUUAAGGUGAUUUUCUGUUUCCUUCAUUUCUUGUACAUUAAUUAAUUAGAAUUCUUCUAUAAGGAAGAACUAUCUCUUCUCUCCCAUUUAUCUACUUAAUUCGAUCAUUUAUCUAGUUAGUUAUGGAUGCAAAGGUAUUUAUCCUUUAGGUUAUCAAUAUCUAUAAUAAUAAAA